GUGAGCGCCUGUGGAUUCUUCUUGCUUUGUACACUGUCUUUUUUUUCUCCUUUUCCUUUUUUUAACAGUGUACCAGUUAUGUUGCUCUUUUUCUCAUCAUCCUGCACCAGUUUCUUAGAUGAUCAACAGUUAACUUGUGGUUCACAAACAGGAUGAAGAAAUUGGAAAUAAAACCUUCAUAUAACACUGUGUUGAUGUGUUGUAAUGCAAUGUCUUCAUGGCAUGUCCUUUAUUUUUAAUGUAUUUAUUUUCUGUCGUGUGUUUUCAUAUUUUACAAAAAAAGACAGGAAUGUCACAUAGUGAUGAACAAUGGCUACGUUUACAUGAGACAUUUAACUCAGAAUUAACUCCAUUUAAUUUUGAGUAAAGCUUAAUUCCGCUUUGAAAACGUCAUGUAAACACCUCUUAAUUCGGAAUUAAAGGAAAUAUCAAAGUAAACUCGACGGAACUAUUUAAAUUCAGAAUUAUUAAUUGCGUUUAAUUAGUAUUAGUAAUUACGUAAUUAUGUAAACGUAGUGAUUAUGAUUGAAGAUGGCUGUGUAACUUGUCCUUCCCUCUCCUCUGUUGCUGUAGCGGGCCAAUGACCCUACUCAUUCUAAGAUGAGGUUAUGGAAGUGUGCCGCCAUUGCCUUGACAGUCUGCGGUGCAGCACUCUCCCUUCUCUGCAUCCACAUGGCUCCUGCCAGGACCACCACGCACCUCCUCUCCAGGGACUCCUCCUCUUCCUCCUCCUCCUCCAGGAGGUUCCUCAUGCCCUCCUCCUCCUCCUCCUCCAACUCCAACGCCUCCUCAUCCUUGGGCAGCGCACACCAUCGCAAGCGCAGAUCUUCAUCAGAGGGAGGCACAGUGCUUUCAGAAGUCAUGGACAUGUUCCAGAGCUUCACAGAAGGAGAACUCAAGCAAGUUAUCGGGGCUCUGGUGGACCGGAAAGCCCGGCGGGACGCCACUAGCGAGAGCAAAAGGACUAAGCGCGCCCGCCACAAGGAGACGGGCCCGUGCAAGCUGCGCGACAAGGAGAUCACGGUGAGCCAGCUGGCUCUGGGCUACGAGAGCGACGAGAUCGUCCUCUUCCACUACUGCGUGGGCAAGUGCUCGGCCAGCCGCCGCAACUACGACAUCACGCUGGCCGCCAUGAAGAAGCGGCGCGCCAUCAAGCGGGACCGGGCGCGGCACAACCCCUGUUGCCGGCCCACCGCCUACGAGGAAGACAUCUCCUUCCUGGACAACAAUAACAGAUACCAGACCAUCAAGGAGUGGUCGGCCAGCCAGUGUGGCUGCGUGUAAUCAGACACCCCUAACCACCCCUCCUCCCGCUCCCACUCCCGCUCCUGCUCCUGCCCGAGACCAGCUCUGUCCCCUGAUACUGUAUCGCUGUCUCUGCCACAGCAGCAGAUGAGAGGAGCGGAGUGAGCAGUGGCGGUGACAAUGACAGUGACAGUGGGGUGGUGUGGGGGUGGUGGGGGGUAGGGACACCAGACCAGGAUAGACAGCGUACUGCACUGUGCAGUACCGUACCAUUUGGAAGCUUUAAUGAUCCUGGGCUUCAAGAGACAAGAAAAAAAAAUGAUAUGUACGCUUGCCAUUGCCUUUGUUUGAAAGAUUUUUUUUUUUCCCUGACGCUGUCGAGCCAAUACACUGUACGAAUGACUUAUUCAGACGAGCUCUUCCUCUUUAUUGAUCGUUGCUCCACUAGUUACAUUUAUGCUCGGCCUCAAUGAAUAGGCUAUAGUCUAUUCGACCCC